AAAAAGUACGGAAAAAUGCGAGGAAGAAUAGAUUAUAUUUAAUAACGGGUCUAAUCUUUUUUCUGGUUACAGACGGAGCUCUCGCAAAAUUUGCAACAACUGUCGGAAAGAGCUCGGUCGACGACGGAAUUCAUUCAGAGGCUCAAAGGGAUGACCGACAAAGUGCACGAGGAGUGCGUCGCGUUGGAGGAGGAGGUGGAGGACAGGGUGGCGAAUUUGGUGAGCCUGUUGCAGGCGAGGAAAUCCCGGUUGAUCGAGGCGGCCCGGCAAACCCGCGAGGCGAGGGUGCGCUCUCUCAGGGACCAAGUGGCCAGAUGCGCGUCCCACCUGCAGGCGACCACCGCUCUCCUCACGUUCUGCAUCGAGGCGCUGAAGGAGAACGACAGCGCUGCCUUCCUUCAGAUAGGCGGCAUGCUCUCGGUCCGCGCGGCGACCGCCGCCGGCUCUUGGGGCGGCGCCGAGGGGGUGCAAGAAAUUGCUCGGCUGCCGUUGCUCGAUCUCACCCUGGAUGACAAACCGUUGCGACGCGCUAUCGAUCAACUUACCUUUGUUCAGUUGAAACCAUCGGAAGGAGAGGAGCGAUACCCGAUUGCAGCCCCCGGAGCGCCGAUAUUGAUACCGGAAGAGUGCAGCGCGGAGAACAACAGCGUGACAGUCGCCUGGCAACCACCACCUGGUCACGGAAUUGUUGGGUGUGCCGGUCAAAGGGGACCCGCCAUCGAGGGAUACUUGUUGGAAUUGGACGACGGAUGUGGCGGUGAAUUCAGGGAGGUGUACUGCGGUCGAGAGACGAUCUGCACGGUGGACGGAUUGCAUUUCAACUCUCUGUACAAUGCCAGGGUGAGGGCGUUUAACAGCGCCGGGGAAGGCGAGUAUUCCGAGUUGAUCGGCCUCCAGACUGCCGAGGUGGCAUGGUUCUCGUGGGCGACCGGGGCAUCCGGUAUACCGCAGGAGGUAUCAAUUUCCGAGGACGCGAUGAGCGCGUCCUGCGAAGGUUACGAGCACCGAGUUGUCCUUUCCAGCGUUGGAUUUUCACGGGGCGUUCAUUAUUGGGAAUUAACGAUCGAUCGUUAUCACGCGGACACAGAUCCCGCCUUCGGCGUAGCCAGGGCCGAGGUGUCGCGGGAUAGAAUGCUCGGGAAGGACGACAAGGGUUGGAGCAUGUACAUAGACCGGCAGCGUUCUUGGUUCAUGCACGGGGGUGGCCACGCGCAGAGGACCGAAGGCGGGGUGCAGCAGGGCUCCACGGUGGGGGUGCUCCUCGAUCUGGACACCACGCACANNNUGCGCUUCUUCGUGAACGACCAGCCCCAGGGAGGGAUCGCGUUCCGCGAUCUCUACGGCGUGUUUUAUCCGGCAGUGAGCUUGAACAGGGGGGUGACCGUCACAUUGCACACAGCGUUGGACGUGCCCCGUCACUUGCUGGCGUUGCACGAAGAGUACAUGACGGACACGAUCCAGAGCUAGGGGUACCUAACCGUCCUGAAGAAGGGCCUUUUGCAGGAAGUCGGCUCGCCCGGCCCCUCGUCGGCGGCGGGCUCGAGCGAGAAAUCGUGCAGGGAGUUGUUCAACGGCCAGCUCGAGAAGAUCGUCGAGGAAUCCCUCGGUGAGACCAACUGACCAUCUUC